UGCCGUGCUAUCAGCAAACGUUGUCAACUUUACCAUCGUCGAUAACAACCAAUACGUCCAAAUUACAUUGUUAGUAGAAGGCGUAGGUCUCACGAAAGAUGUAAUGGUGCGUACGACUUCAGCUUUUAAGGGGCGUGGAUCAUUAUGCUUCACAGAUCAACAAUAUAAGUAUGCCGACUCCCAGAGAAACUCGUUUAAAAUAUUGCAAGCAAAUGGUACACGAAUGUAUUUAACCAACAAGUUGAAGAUCGAUGAAAAUGUCGUGGAAGGAAAGUUGUUCCUGUGCCUUAACAGACCACGGUUAUCGACCAGAAAUUCGUCACAUGGUCGUUGGGUACAUCAGGGUGAUUUUGGUUGGAUCGUCUGGCCUGUACCACCAAUGUAUCUGUUUCGUAGAUAUGUAUACGAAGUCACCGAAGCUGCAAGUGAAUCCAACUCAUUUGAGACAACAACAAGCGACUAUGGAAAAAAAUACAAACAUCGCGGUAACAAGAUACAUUUUUUAAAUGACACGGCUUGGUCCUAUACAAAAAUGAACCUGGCGAACACUAUAGUCACCGCUAAUGGCUUGAGGUGCAAAUUCCUCGUCAAAGCCGUUAAAAAGGUAGACUUUUUUUUACGCUCGAGUCUCGUUCAUUCAAACAUCAGAAAACUAUCAGAUUCUAUAAAUUAA